AUGUCUAAAAUUCACAGAGGUGACUUGAGUUAUUCGAAAGUGUACAAGAACAUGGAUUUAAAUAAGGAUUUAGGUGUAAAUUGGGAAGAAGCAGAAGGAGAUAACGGUAGUGGUGGAAAGAGAGUCAAGAAAGUGGAAAUAUGCACAGAACCAGAGCCAUUAAAGUAUAUGGUUGAUGAAUUCGAUCUAAAAUUCAUAAAAGAGUCUGAAAUGACUGAGAAUGAAUUCGUAGAAGAAAUUAAAGGAAUAGAACAGGAAUAUGCCACAUAUUUAAAGAAGAAAAUGGACAAGAUUACACUUCUAGAAGCAAACGGUUAUUGUGACAUCUGUGGAUAUUCAGAUGAUUCCAAUGAAAACAAGAUGGUUGUUUGCCAGGGAUGUGGCAUACCAGUGCACCAGAGCUGUUAUGGAGUAGGAGAAUUCACUAAGGCGUGGCUAUGCAAGAAGUGUGAAGAAGGUGAAUUUGAUUCAGUUUGUGGAUUCUGUACAGAAAAAGAUGGAAUUUUGAAGAAAACAGACCAGAAUGAAUGGAUACAUGCUAUUUGUGCUAUUUGCAAUCCAACAAUAUGUUUUCUGAAUGACACGCUCAAAGAACCCGUUGAUAUGACAAAUUACGAACCAGUCAAUGGAAAAUGUGUUUUAUGCAAGAAGAAAUCAAACGAUCUAAUGGAAUGCAGCUUUCUAGGAUGCGAGAAUGCAUUCCAUGUAACGUGUGCGUGUGGAUUACUGUACAUUGACAUCGACAAUAGCACAAUCUAUUGCAAAAAGCACUUUCCAAUUAAAGACCCAACUGAAAUCAAUAGCAGGAAAGAAACAAAUGAGAUGAAAGACGGCUACAGAAAAAUGAAAGAUGAGAUCUAUGAGAGAGAUGACAUGCGACUGAAUGCGAUCAUUGAAACGGAAUAUUCACAGUUGGUUAAAACCAGUCUGAAUGAAUUCAAGACAGAAUGUUCGAAUACGAAAUUAGUAGAAUAUUACAAAUCAAAGCAGAUGAAUAUUGGUAGAUCAGCCAUCGAUUAUUAUCAGUGUGCUAAUGCAUUUAGAGAAGCAUUCAAAUAA